AGCGGCAGCAGCAGCAGCAGCAGCAGCAGCAGCAUCUUCAGCAGCCACAGCCGCAGCCACUGCAGCAACAGGUGCAGGAUCAACAUCAGAUGGGUUUAGGUCAACAGGCUCAGCUGUCCCAUGUCCCUCUCCCUCUUCAGGUUCAUUACCAGCCCCCCGGCGGACCGUAUCAAGUGCAAUAUCCGCCCCCGAACUCCGAUCCCAACGCCGCCUCAAGCUCCGAUCACCAUCAUCAACAGCAGCACCUGUACGCCAAUUCCAACCAGCAGCAGCAGGUGGCCACUUCAUCAGCGUCAACUGGGUUCGGUACAGUUGGACCGACUGUCUCCGCAGCACCAGUCUCGGCCAACGCCUCUGCUUCUGUGUCUGCAGCAACGAAUUCCAACUCUGUCAUCUCGGCCCCAGCGCAGGUUAAUCGUCCGGUUCUUCAACAGGUGCAGCAGUUGUUUCAGAAAGAUAUGCAGACCAUUACGCCCGAGGCGAUUGAGGGUGUGAAGGCAGCGCUGGCAAGCAGUGAGGCGGAGCAACCAACGCACCCAAAGAAAAGGGCAGUUCCUCGAAAAGCAGCUGGAUUCAUCUGGGAGGAUCCGACCCUUGCUGAUUGGCCUGAUAAUGAUCAUCGAUUAUUUUGUGGAGACCUAGGAAACGAAGUCAAUGAUGAAGUUCUAACCAAGGCAUUUGCAAAGUACUCUAGCUUCAACAUGGCUCGGAUGAGUUGCUGUGGCUCACAAGAGCGCCUCCACACUGCCUCUCCUCUGCCAUGUUUGGAUUGGACAUGGAGGUUAAUUGUGUGACCGCUGCCUGUAGGUGGUCCGCGACAAGCGAACUGGCAAGACGAAGGGCUAUGGGUUUGUGAGCUUUAGUAAUCCCUCGGAUCUAGCAGCUGCCCUUAAAGAAAUGAAUGGAAAAUACGUUGGAAAUAGGCCGAUCAAGCUGAGAAAGAGCACAUGGAAGGAGCGGACUGACGAGGAUGCACUCCUCAGACAAAAGAAUGCAAAGAAGCAGAAGACCUCCGGGCGAAAAUCAGGAGUUCUGCACAAGUGAAAGCUGUUAUAGGCUCUCUGAUGCAACCCUGAAGAUGGCGGAAGAGUGUGCCUAGAGUAAGCGGUGGAAGGCUUCAGAUUGGACUUUGCAUCACUGUCAUGCCCCUGCGAGAACAGGGAGCUGCGAGCUACAUAAUGUGGUACAACUCUGCCAUCAAUUGGACAUGCAUAGCACUUGGGGAAACUCCCAACUACCGGCAUGGAGAGCGCUAACUGGACGCACAGAACGUUAAGAAAGUUUUGUUGAGAGGAAUUAUCCUGCGACAAAGAGAGAGAGAGACACACAGAGAGAGAGAGAGAGAGAGAGAGAGAGAGAGAGAGAGGAGGAGGAAACGUUGACAUGGGUUGAUGAGGGUAGACAGUUGCUUCUAGGUUGUGCGAUCCCCAGUGAACGAUUACAAGACAGGAAGCUGGGCAAGGUGUGUAUCUUUACACAAUGAUAACAAACAGGGGCUGAAGGGAGGACAAGUUGGAGGCUGAUGGUGAUGGCAUGGUGGACUGAGGGCGGAGCUACAAAGAGUUUUGUUGAAAGGCUGUGCCACGACUUGCUCACAUACAUUUCGCCUACUUCGAAUGUUGAUCAGCGUGGGAGUGAACCACGCUCCUCCGUUCUUUCUCCCCACGUGCCGAUGAGGAGGGGAUGGGCUGCUGCAUAUAUGUAUAAUUUGCAGCAUGCGUAAUUUGCCCACUCUGCUACAGCAGGAUCCCAUCCGCCCAAUCCGCUACAGCAGGAUCCCAUCCACGACACCAAUGGUCCAUGAAGUAGUCCUCUUCGUGAGCUGAAGGACUCUUCAAAGUUAGAUUGCGGAGUACAUAUAUGACAUAAUGACACUGAGUGUUUUUUUCCCGCUUGCUACUUGUAAGCCUUUUUAUCCCAGAAUCCAUUUCCAGGCUCAAAUCAUCAGUUCUUUCUUCACUGGCCCUCCGCUGAUCCUUUCUGUAUGGGAAUAAGUCUGUCUGCCCGUUCCAUUGGUAUAAGAUCAUCCCGUCCACCUGCCGACAAACAGCAAUGACAACACGCGCAGCCCAAGAAGCAAAAAGUCCAGUUCGUGAGCUAAAUAAAUAUCUUUCUUGCUU